UGGAAACCUACAAGCUGAAAUUUUGUGACCCCAAACUGCACGUCGAAAAUGCGUUGAAGUUUUGUUGAAAUCAACAACAUGGAGGUUAUAAGAGAAGAGAAUUUACUCAGAUCUUCUUGAGCUCUGGCUUUACAUCCUUGAUCAAUAGCACUCAGUUCAACAAGAUGCAUCCUCUGUUUGGAACGUGUUUUACUCUGUUUCUUUUUCUAUUGCCUUGUACCUGCAAAAUUACUGAUGAGCAAAGUCUUAUAGAGUUCAAGAAGUUUAUCACUCUAGAUCCUCUGAAUUCCUUGGCCAAUUGGGGCCCUACUAUUCACUUCUGCAAUUGGACUGGAGUUACUUGUGAUUCAACAGGCAACAGGGUACAAUUGCUUGAGCUGGGAGAUAUGGAAUUAGGGGGUUCCAUCUCUCCUUCAAUUGGUAAUCUCUCAUUCCUCACACAACUUGAUCUACAUAACAACAGUUUUGUAGGCCGAAUUCCGGAGGAAACAGGCAGACUUCAACGCCUAAAGGUUCUUUAUCUUUACACCAAUCUAUUGGAGGGCUCCAUUCCAAAGAAUUUGACUUCCUGCAAGGAGUUACAAGAAUUGUUACUCCCUGACAACCAGUUUACUGGAACAAUUCCUCCAGAGCUAAGUAUGCUUACAAAUCUCCAAGACCUUUCGCUCGGCUCCAACAAUAUUUCUGGUAAAAUCCCUUCCUCCUUAGGAAAUCUCUCUUACCUAGAAUCAUUUUAUAUAGCAGAUACCGGCCUUGAAGGUCACAUUCCACCUGAAUUAGGAAAGCUAUCCAGCUUGAUCUCUUUUCUGUUGUUUGAGAAUCCUCGUUUAACAGGCCCUAUUCCCUCGUCAAUCUCAAACAAUUCAGGAUUAGUAGAACUGGGUCUUUAUAGCAACAACUUGACUAGUACUAUCCCACCUGAAUUGGGCAAGCUCUCUCGCCUUAGAGUUCUAUAUCUAUGGGACAAUCAACUGAAAGGCACCAUCCCACCCACAAUUGCCAACUGUACACAACUGAUUGACCUGGAUUUGGAGCUCAAUCAUCUCAGUGGAGAAGUACCAUUAGUGCUGAGCAGGCUUUCACAUCUGCGAUUCUUGAGCCUUUCAUCUAAUCAACUAGUCAGCGGGAGCACUCUCACCAUCCCCAUUCUUAAGGCCCUCCAUAAUUGCACUAGCCUCAAUAAAAUAUGGAUUGAUCAAAAUCAUUUGACUGGAUACUUGCCAGAGCAGCUCCCCACAAAUCUCUCUCUUUUGGUACUAGAUGGUAAUAAGAUAACAGGAAGUAUACCUUCAUUUAUUGCCAACAUAACCAAUUUGGGAGAUCUUUAUUUGUCUUCCAAUCUCCUUACAGGCAGCAUCCCAUCUUCUCUUAGAAGCCUUCAUAAGUUGCAAAGACUUUUGUUGGACAACAACAACCUAGAAGGAAACAUACCCACUGAGAUUGGAGAAAUGAAAAGCCUUGGAGAGCUAUCACUGAGCCAUAAUAUGCUUUCUGGAGGAAUCCCUGUUACAAUUGGUCGCCUUCAACAGUUAACACAUCUUGUGCUUAACCACAACCGAUUCUCCGGGAACGUCCCUGCAAGUUUGGGAAAAUGUUACAAUUUGCAAUUGCUAGACCUCUGCAACAAUCAGUUCACAGGACGUAUCCCCGAUGAAGUGGCCAGUCUUGCUAAUUUACAGUUCUAUUUCAAUUUGUCCAGAAACUCAUUUCAGGGAUCUCUGCCUCUGGAAAUCGAAAAGAUGAUUCAUGUUCAAGCUAUUGAUGUUUCAGCUAACAGGUUAAAAGGUAAAAUUCCAGCCACUCUGGGAAGCUGUGAAGAACUUGAAUAUCUGAAGCUUUCAUCAAAUGAAUUUGAAGGCCCAAUACCAGAUUCUAUCAGUGAGUUAAAAAGUCUUGUCAGUAUGGAUCUGUCUUCCAACAAACUUUCAGGUUUGAUCCCUGUCACUCUAAAGUCGCUGAAUAUGCUUCAAAUGUUGAAUUUCUCUUUCAAUAACUUCAGCGGAGAGAUCCCAAAAGAAGGCAUCUUUAAAAAUUUGACAGGUGAUUCAUUUAUGGGGAAUAUGUUUUUGUGUGGGGAAUGGGUGCAAUUACGUCCAUGCCCUGUUCGCCAUACUCAGCCUCAAGACCACAACAACAGAAUUAGAAUAUUAGCACCAGUGGCAGGAACCGUUAUUUUCCUAUUCUUUUGUUUAUUGACCUUGGGACUAAUUUACAAGAGGCGCAAGAACAAAUGUGAUGUUCAUAGUGAAAUCUUGCCUCUGAAACUUGUGGAUGACAGGGGGGUUUCCUAUCAAGAAAUUGUUAAAGCCACAGAUGGAUUUAACGAGAAAAACCUGAUAGGGAGUGGUAGCUUUGGCUCAGUGUACAAGGGCAUUAUGGCUGAUGGUAGAGUGGCCGCUUUCAAGCUUUUAAAUUUGCAAAAUGGGGAAGCCAUCAAGAGCUUCUGCAGGGAAUGCAAAGUGUUGGCAGAAGUCAGGCACAGGAAUUUGGUAAAAAUCAUAUCCUUCUGUUCGGAAUUUACAUACAAAAUAUUGGUUCUAGAGUUCAUGUCUAAAGGAAAUCUGGAGACACUUUUGCAUUCUAAUAUUAAAUCACUGACCUUCAUUGAGAUAUUGAACAUAGCAAUCGAUGUUAUCCAUGGAUUAGAGUAUCUCCACCAUGACUGUUUUCUACAAAUUGUACAUUGUGAUAUAAAACCGAGCAACAUUCUUAUGGACGAGGAAAUGACAGCACAUGUAGCAGAUUUUGGCAUUUCCCGAAUAGUUUGCGGUGUAGACACCAGUACCAGUGAGUCGGGAAGUGAUUCCACUCUAUCUCUGAAAGGAUCCAUGGGCUACAUUGCACCAGAGUAUGGAAUUGGUGGGAAGGUAUCCACGAGGGGUGAUAUUUACAGUUAUGGUAUUAUGCUCUUGGAGAUGGUAACCAGAAAGAGUCCAACUAAUGAGAUGUUUGUGGGAGGAUUGAACCUCCACAAGUGGGUAAGCAUGCAUUUUGAUAACAAAUUGGAGGAGAUUGUUGGCAUCAGAAUGAUGAAGGAUAUAGGAGAGAAUGAAAUAAAUCAAUGCCUCAUUCCUCUCCUAUUUAUUGGGUUAGAAUGUUCGAAGGAGUCCCCUAGUGAAAGACCCACAGCUAGAGAGGUGGCAGGUGUAUUGAAAACAAUCAGGAAGACGCACUUUGAUGUUAAAAAUUAAGUUUUAGUUGUUAGUCUUAAGUUAAUUAUGCUGGUUCUAAAAUAAGUUUUACAUGUUAGCUAUGCUGGUCCUAAAAUAAGUAUUCGAUGUGUGCUAUGUUAGCUAUGCUGGUUGUAAUAAACUGAUUUUAACAAUUGAGUCCUGUUAGCAAUUAAAAUUAUGUCAGUUGUAUUCGUUAUAUUAGUUGUGAAAAUCUUUGACGAGUUAUGUUUAAAACAAUUCACAAUGUUCUUGUCCAAUAAAAAGGACGAUUAAGUUAUACAAAGUAGGAGUACAUAAUGGUAGCCCAGAAUGAUACAUAACAGCUAUAGAGGUCAGUUGCUCUUGCAACACACAAGAUCGUGCAUUCUUGCCAUCAUUAAAUACAAUUGAUGUAUGCCAUACACUUUUUUCAAUUGAAGAUAAAUAAUUAUAAGAA